AUGGAAGAGGAGCCUCAAUUGUUGGAACAGCAAGAGCAGAAUCAGUUAUCAGAAGGGGAGGAGCCAAAAGAAGAACAGCCUAAAGAAUGUAUACUUCGAGGGAAAUCGCUCAAAUCUGUUCCAGCCGAAGCAUGGCAAGACAGGGACAUUUAUAAGCUUAGUUUGCAGGGAAAUAAACUUAAAGAUUUACCUCCUCAACUCCGUCGCUUGAAAAAUCUCCAAGAACUCAUACUCUCAUUUAAUGCAUUUGAUAAAUUCCCGCUAGUAGCAUGUGAUUUUCAAAACUUGCGCACUUUGUCGGUGAGCCGAAAUCGGUUGAAAACGGUCUCAUCACAGAUAUGUCAAUUGACUAAUUUACAGGACCUGUGGCUGACCGGCAAUGUUUUUGAAGAAUUCCCGGAAGCAUUGUGUUCGGUGGAGCUGGGAAACCUAGAGAAGUUGUAUUUGUAUGAUAACAAGAUCGCUAAUAUUCCACAAGGAAUAGCUCGUUUAAAAAAACUAAAAGUGUUGAAUAUCAAUAACAAUAAGGUCCGAGAAAUCCCAGAAGCAUUCUACGAGCUAAAAAACCUGGAAAACUUCCAUGCGAAGGGCAACAAGAUUAAGAAGCUGCCUCCAAAGUUUGGCACUGAGCUUAAUCAGAUUAAGCUACUGGAGCUUAAUGGUAACCCACUUGUGAUACCUUCGCUUGCCGUCUGUCAGCGUGGAAUAAACGCCAUCAAAGAUUUUCAAGAUAAAAAAAAAGCUGAGGCCGAGUCCACCCGCGCCGCCCUGCUUGCAAGACAGCAAGUUGACGGUGUAGCUCAGUUUAGGAUGAAUAACAACGAUGAAAAGAUCACAAUCAAUGGGAUACCAAAAUUAGUUGCAAAUAAAGAAGAUGUCUAUUGCAUUGAUGGGAUCCCAGCGUAUCGAGUCGGAAGUUUGCCUCGAGGUUUGGCAGUCAUUAUAAAUAAUCAUCACUUCAAAACAGAUCCAUCAUGCAUAGAUGAGAGCCGACAACUUCCUGACCGAGAGGGAACACAAAUUGAUAAAGAAAAACUUCAAUCAAUUUUCAGUCAGUUAAAGUUUGAAGUCCAAGUUCAUGAAGAUCUAAGUUCUGAUGAUUUGAUGCGCGUACUGAUACAAGUGAGUCAAGAAGAUCAUGAAGUGUACGACAUGUUUGUUUGUUGUAUCCUGACGCAUGGUUCAGCGGGUGUGGUUUAUGGUAGUGAUAGCAUUGCUGUCAAGAUCAGUGACAUCACAAGUACUUUUGUUUCUUCUCGAUGUCCAACUUUGAGAGGAAAACCAAAGCUCUUCUUUAUUCAGGCAUGUCAGAAUGAAGAGAGUGAGAAACCUGAAGGUUUGCAGGAAGAUGCGGUUCAUGUCAACAAUGUGAUCCCGGAUCAGGCUGAUUUCUUACUCGGCUAUGCAACCGUACCGGGAUUUGUGUCAUACCGACACACAACCGAUGGUUCGUGGUACGUUGGUGCACUGGUGAAGGCAUUAGACAAGUAUUAUAACCGACUGCAUCUACUCGACAUUCUGACAAUCGUGAAUGACACUGUCGCCCAAGAGAGUUCAGAUGGCUUCGUUCAAGUCCCUGCGCCACAGUAUACGCUGAGAAAAAGACUGUAUUUGGAUGCUCCAAUGUAA